AUGCUCAGAGUUGCUGCUAGCUGCGAAUCCACACGGGAGAGUCGUCGCAUCGAUGCACAGAACCAUUUUGGGAACGAACGUAUCUGCCCGACCCUCCUCGUGGAGACCGCGCCGCACGAACCCGUGGUGAUUGGCUUUCGUAGGGGGCGGGGGCGAGCAUCGGCCGGCCAAUGGCGAGGGGGAAGCGGUCCGUCCUCCCCCUCCGAUUGGCUGCUGCGCCGAGGCGAGGGGCGGGGCGCGGUGCCGCCGGAGGAAGAUGGCGGCGCGGCGGCAUGGACUGUACGCUGCCACUUUGAAGCGGGGAAGCCGUGUGCUGUGAAAGGGGACCCGGCUCCUCCUCUCCACGUGCCACAGACAUCGGCUGCGGUCCCUGGGACAUUUGAUAAUGCCGCGGCGCGCAAGGGGAAGGACUUGGAAGACCGGCGGAAAGGUCUUUACAAGAAAGCGGUAAAGGAGAAAUACAAAUCUGUAACCACGUUGGGUAAAGACUGUCCCGUUCCCAAAAGCAAUCCCCAGACUACAGAAGUGCUGCACGUCGUGGACCAGCAGGAUUUUGAGGAAAGGGCGAUUCCAGGCUGCCGCGGUACUGCGAUCACAUCCAAGUCGCGGAGUCACGCAGAGGCUUCCGAAAAUACAGAACCGCGUGGAUCGUUCUCGGGGGGAUCCCGAGACCCGGCUGGCCAAAUUUCAGGCAAGGGGGUGACACCUGAGAGCCUUUGGCGUUCAGCAACAGAUCCGGCAAACCCAAGCAGGGGCAGAAGAGGUCACAGCUCUCUUGAGGAAAGAGAAACGAAUGAAUGCAAAGAGGUGCUUUUUUAUCAGCAAGCCUGUGCAGGAGAAGGACUGUAUCUGUGUACCGAAUGUCAGAAGACUUUUAAAUUGAAAAUCGGCCUUCUAAGACAUAAGCAAAUCCACACCAAAAAGAGCCAGGAACCGUCGUACAUAUGCACGGAAUGCGGCAACAGCUUUGGCCGCUACGCAGACUUGGUUCGCCACCAGCAAGCUCACACGGGGCAGAGGCCUUACAAGUGUACGGAAUGCGAGAAGAGCUUUAUGGAAAAGCCAAGACUCACUAAUCACUUGCGCACUCACAACAUAUACAUGUAAUCAGUGCGCCAGACACUUUCCUGGGACGGAUUUUCCAGUCCCUUAUCAAAAAAAUCCCUCUCCCUCCCGAGGUGAUGGCUCAUACAUUGGUUACAGGGGAAGCUUCAGGAUAAGGCGGUUUUACUGAACUGAAUCAAGUUCAAGCGUGAAAGGCAACUGGUGCUGGCCUAAUAGUCAUUGAUCAGGAGCUGAUUUUAAUUAGCGGCUAGAUGAUUCAUAUCUGGGAGGAGAACGUGUACAGAACAGCAUUUUCUGUACCAAAAGCAUUAUUAAAAAACUCUUCUGGUGCCCCAAACAGCGCAUCUGUGUUAAUGCAGAAAAACCCUGGGAGUUUUUCAGGUCUGAGAAGAGCGAGACAGCGUCAUGAUGGGAACGGGACUGUUGGCAGAGCUAUAAGCAGGAAAGGGAGCUUCCAGGAGCGUGGGUUAAGGUGAAUGGUUGGAUUUGAGGUAAAAACAGCAACGACACGCGCAAAAAAAGCAUUAGUUCAGCAGUUACAGUCGUGGGGCGGCAGCAGUGGCAGUGACGGCACCAUCACGCAGAAAUAACGACCAGAAUCAGUUGCUUCGAACAUCCAUUUACUGGGGCUGAGACGCCAAUUUAAUUUCUCUAAACUACCGACUCCAAACUCAAAUGAAAACUUCUUCCAGUUGCAGGGACAAAGUUGCGUUGGCGCCAGUUCGAGCACCUGCUUUGCGUGGAGCCCCUGAGGGAAGUCGAUGUCCUCGGGUUCCCGUGAGGAGCAGCAAAGCAAGAAACAGCUGGUGCUGUCGUAGAGUGCGAUAACUUCUGAAGGGGACUGGGAGAAUAUGCUUGGCCCCAGGGGAUCCCUGCCUGUCCCAAACACGGGAGCAAUGCCCAGAAAACUCUCUUAUCACUGCCUUCUCUUCAUUUCCUUCUCAUAAUUGCCCUGGGAACAGCUUUUCUUUUAUUCCUCUCCCACGCAGCUUAACGCCUUAGUGCUCACAACUCCCCCGUGCGCUCCUGAACGAGGAUUCUUUGGAGCGAGGCGAUUCCUUGUGGAGCAAAUCCCAUAAAACACCGUUCUACCAAAACUGCAGUUCCCUCCGUGAAACAGUUGAGGAACACCUGGGAUGGCGGGGCUGAACCUGGCGCGCGGUCGCACGCCUGCAGCGGGUCGUUUGGCAGCUGCUGAAAGUCAGUCCUGGGUGUAAGUCCUUGUGUGGGAAGCUCUGCCUCCUUCCACGACUCGCUCCCCACGGAGCCAAGGAACGUCCAGCCAGGCAGAGACGGCGGCUUGAAUCUGAGUCUUUGUAUGCGCUGAAAUACAAAUGAUUGCCUUGUUCAGAGGUUUAAGUGGAGACUAAGAUGAAACGGAGUUAGAGGCGGAAAGCCACGCCGGAGGGUGGCUGUCCGAAGUGACGACAGCGGGCAGCGCUUCACUCGCACAAAAUGCUGAGCAAAUCUUAAACGACAAAAUUAAGCAAAAGUGUUGAGAUUCGGUAGCAAAACCAGGCGUCUCGCACGUGAGAGGCGCUGGAAGGUUAGCUCCUCGGGUCAGCGGGGAGGCUGCGCGGCUGGAGGAGCCGUGGUUGCUGCCAGGUGUAUUCCCUGCGCUUGUUCGAGCAGUAAAAGUUCAGACGUGCUGGGGAAACCCGGAGUCGGACCACGAUGAAAUGCCUUGUGCCCUGAGAAACGAGCAACAGAAGAACUGGGCAGAGACGCCGUGACGAUGAUUCGGUGAAAACUUUUGGGUUGGUUUUCUUUCGCCUGCAAGCGGGCGGGCGCUGGCGUGGCAGGUGGGUUUCUCCCGACGUCCCGACCCUCUUGCCUGAAACUCGGAGUCCACGCAGAGAGAAAUCCAGCUCCUUGCAGCGCCUCGCUGCGCCGGCGCGCCGAGCUGGCCUCUGCUGAGGAUGGAACAAGUGCCGAAAUGUUAAGACGGAGAUCCGGCUUAAAAAAAAAGAGAUAAGUUUUGUUGGUUUUGUUUCUAAUAUAGACCCUGAUAUGGACCGGGAAGUUGCACUGAUGCUGGUGGGGAUUUGCCCUGACUGAGCCUCGGCUUAGCCCGGAAUGAUUAAACAAGUAGCUGAUGUGCGAGAGCGAUCGUUCCCUCCACGCGUGGCUGUUAUACUGCUCCAGGCUUCAAAAACGCUUCUUUCUGAACCUAUAUUUAAACAUUGUGUUUCCAGUCUCCACGGAAAAAAUAACCCUAAAACAUAAAGCAUCAAAGAUUUAUGCCCGGUGCUAAGGGACGUGAAACACGAACGCACAGAGGUUCCUCGGGGCGUUUCUGCGCCUGCUGUAGCCAAGGGGCGAUUCAGCGCGGAGCGAAGCAGCCCGUUCCCAAGCAGACCGGAGCGGCGCGAUGCCUUCCUGCGGGUCCGCUUCCUGCGGGCCCCCUUGGCGCCGCGCCUAAAUACCCUGCCCGAGGAGUGUGCUGCUUUGAUUUUUUUUUUUUAAAAAAGAAGAAAAAGAUGAGCACGAGGUAAGCAGCGGAAAGUGCAGUGAGAGAAACGGUUGUCCCAGCCCGAAGCUUGGGCUGAGGGAGAACGGAACAAACUUGCCUGAAGUGGGGUAAAAAUCAGGUGAUCCUUGAGUGCGGUAUCUUGGGAAGUUGAGGUGGGAAAUGAGGGGAAGGGGUGUAGAAACUCGCCAUCCCUUACCCAAGACUUUUUCCAGGAACACACACAGGAACCAGGAAUCGUGAGGUUCUCCUGAUUCCUCUCUGGGAAACUUUGUUUUAAUUCUUUUCUUUAUUUCUUUUCUGGGGUGCAUGGAAAGGAGUGUGGCCAGCAGGGCGAGGGGGGUUCUCCUCCCCCUCUGCUCUGCCCCAGUGAGGCCACACGUGGGGGGCUGCGGCCAGGUCUGGGCCCCCCAGUUCCAGAAGGACAGGGAGCUGCCGGAGCAAGGCCAGCGCAGAGCUGCCAAGGGGAUCAGGGGCUGGAGCAUCUCCCUGGGGAGGAAAGGCUGAGAGACCUGGGCUUGUUCAGCCUGGAGAAGAGAAGGCUGAGGGGGGAUCUCAUCAGUGCCUAUAAAUAUCUGAAGGGCGGGUGUCAGGGCGAUGGGGCCGGGCUCUUUUCAGCGGUGCCCAACGCCAGGCCAAGGGGCCACGGGCACAAGCUGGAACACGGGAAGCUCCCCCUGAACAUGAGGACAAACCCCUUCCCUGUGCGGGUGCCAGAGCAGGGGCACAGGCUGCCCAGAGAGGCUGUGGGGUCCCUUCCCUGGAGACAUUCACCCCCCGCCUGGACGCGGCCCUGUGCCCCUGCUCUGGGGGUGCCUGCUCACGCAGGGGUGGGACGGGGUGAGCUCCAGAGGUGCCUCCCAACCCCCACCAGUCUGGGAUUCUUUUGUAGGCAGGAGAGUAAGACUUUUUCAUAGACUAUAUUAUUUAAUAAACUGAAGCUGAGAAUCCAAGUACUUGCCUUAAGAAAUAAUGUUCAUGCCUGGGAAAUACAAGCAACUGCAUAAACUCCUGGGGCUGUGCAGUCAGAGGGGUGAAAAAAAGUCAGGUCUUUAGCAAGAUAGAUUUUCUUUAAAGAGAAUUUCCAGCACCUUUAUUUGUUUUUGAAAAGCCUUAGGUCAUGUUUAAUCUGCAAAUGUAAAGCUGGCCCUGCUCCGUACCACCUUGUCGGGAGCGGCGGUGACAGAAACACAUCUGAGCAUAAAACAUCUUUAGUUUUAAGAGCCUCCCCGUUCUCCAGAGGGUAGAAACAAGGCCAGGACGCGGCACGUGAGGCUUUCUGCCCUUCCUGUUUUAAUUACACUUCGUGGAUUGCGUCCGAAGUGUCCUCUCCCAUUCUGUUUGGUUUGCAAAUUAAGAGGGUGGUGGUUCAUGGUUAAUGUUGAUAAAAGGUUAUUUCUUUCUAAA